CGCCGGGGCGGGCCGGGGCGGGGCGGGGCUGGGCUCGGCGGGGCUCGGCGCGGCAGGACGCGGCUCGGCCCGGCCCGGCCAUGGCGUCUCCGUCGCGGCGGCUGCAGACGAAGCCGGUGAUCACCUGCCUGAAGAGCGUGCUGCUCACCUACACCUUCGUCUUCUGGGUGUCGGGCAUCGUGCUGCUGGCCGUGGGCGUCUGGGGCAGGGUGAGCCUGGCCGUCUACUUCUCCCUGCUGGACGAGAAGGCCACCAACGUGCCCUUCGUCCUGGUGGGCGCCGGCGUCGUCGUGGUCCUGCUGGGCACCUUCGGCUGCUUCGCCACCUGCCGCGGCAGCACCUGGAUGCUCAAGCUGUACGCCAUGCUCCUGUCCCUCAUCUUCCUCAUCGUCCUGGUGGCCGCCGUCGUCGGCUUUGUCUUCAGGCACGAGAUCAAGACAAACUUUGAGAGCAACCUCAACCUGGCCUUGAAGAACUACAACGUGACAGCGGAUCAG